AUGCGUACGGUGCUUAAACAACUGAAUCAACAAAGAUUUCUAGUCAUUUUCGUUAUUCAUUUGUAUUUGUUGGAAAAAUCAAUAUUGCUGUGCAAUUGUGUUCAUGGUUUCAGAAAUAUCACUGAAAGUGCAGAAUUAGUCACCGGCAUCGAAUCCAGCUUAUCGUUGCCUGAUAUAUUGCCAAUACCAUCGAAAAAUUACGAUAAAAAUCGCGCGCCAAAAUUACUCGGACAGCCGACCGUUGUCUAUUUUCAUGUGACAGUGUUGUCAUUGGAUUCGAUCAAUGAAGAAUCGAUGACAUACGUCACCGACGUAUUCCUAGCACAAAGUUGGCGUGAUCCCCGCCUGCGACUGCCAGAGAACAUGAGCGAACAGUAUCGUAUACUGGAUGUCGAUUGGUUGCAUAGCAUUUGGCGGCCAGAUUGCUUCUUCAAGAAUGCCAAAAAAGUCACAUUCCAUGAGAUGAGCAUACCGAAUCAUUACCUAUGGCUAUAUCAUGACAAGACAUUGCUCUACAUGUCAAAACUAACUUUGGUGUUAUCUUGUGCCAUGAAAUUCGAAUCCUAUCCACAUGAUACACAAAUUUGUUCCAUGAUGAUUGAGAGUUUAUCACACACGGUUGAAGAUUUGGUAUUCAUUUGGAAUAUGACCGAUCCGUUGGUGGUUAAUAGCGAAAUUGAAUUACCACAAUUGGAUAUAUCGAAUAAUUAUACAACCGAUUGUACCAUAGAAUACUCGACAGGUAAUUUCACUUGCCUGGCUAUAGUUUUCAAUCUGCGUCGACGUCUUGGCUAUCAUCUCUUUCACACCUACAUUCCAUCUGCACUUAUUGUGGUCAUGUCAUGGAUUUCAUUUUGGAUUAAACCCGAAGCGAUACCGGCACGCGUCACACUCGGCGUCACAUCGCUACUAACACUCGCUACACAAAAUACACAAUCACAACAAUCGCUGCCGCCCGUAUCCUAUGUGAAAGCCAUCGAUGUGUGGAUGUCAUCAUGUUCGGUAUUUGUAUUCCUAUCGUUGAUGGAAUUUGCUGUGGUCAAUAACUAUAUGGGACCCGUGGCAACGAAAGCCAUGAAGGGUUAUUCGGAUGAGAAUAUACACGAUUUGGGUGAUUUGAAGAAUCAUCACCGUGAAUCCAUAAUUGAGCCACAGUAUGACACAUUCUGCCAUGGACAUGCCACAGCGAUUUAUAUUGAUAAAUUUUCGCGUUUCUUUUUUCCAUUCUCCUUUUUUAUACUGAAUAUUGUGUACUGGACAACAUUCCUUUAGUGGUUAGUGUCGCUUAAAUAAACGAGCAAAUUGUUAUUGUUUGAAAAUUCUUGAAAUUGGUAUGUACAUAUUUACUUUAAAGUCUUUUAUAGCAGAGCUAUUUAAAAAAUUCAACGACUCAUUUCAUUACAUCUGGAAUGGGUCUAUUUGUUAAUUUUAUUAUGGCGUAAUAAUGUUUAUUUCAAUAGUG